AUGACAUUCAAGAUCACUGCGUCGCCAAAAUCGCUCGAAUUGCUCCUGAAAGAGCGCACCUACUCGGCCCAUAACUACACUCCUGUCCCGAUCGUCUUUGACACUGCCUCUGGCAUCCACGUGACCGACGUCGAUGGAAACGAGUACCUGGAUUUUGGGGCCGCUUAUUCGGCCGUCAACACCGGCCACAACCACCCCAAAAUUCUGGAGGCCGUUAGGGCCCAGUACGAAAAAUGCUCCCUGGUCGGACGCGGCUUUACACACUCGCUGUAUGCCCAAUUCUGUGAAGAAGUUUGCAAGGCUUUUGGCUUUGAACGCGUGCUUACGCUAAACGGAGGUGGGGAGGCCGUUGAGUUUGCCAUCAAGCUGUGUCGUGCGUGGGGGUACGUGAAAAAAAAGAUUCCUCAAGACGAGGCCAAGGUGAUGAUGGUGGCCAAAAACUACCACGGCAGGCUGCUCGGCGUUACUUCCGGCUCUACCAAUCCGACCGCACGCGUCAAUUACGGACCGUUUGUCCCCAAAGUGGGUCCCGCAUAUGGCGACGGGAAACUGCUACCUUUCAACGAUUUGGAAGCACUCGAGGAGUGUUUCGAGCUGGAAGGAGACAAAAUCGCAGGAAUAAUUAUCGAAAGUAUCCAGGGUGAGGCCGGAAUCUUCCCACCUAAUCCAGGCUAUCUGGACGGCGUGAGAGCACUAUGCGAUAAGUACAAUAUACUCUGGUGUGCUGACGAGGUGCAGAUGGGGUCGUAUCGCUGCGGGACUAAACGGUGGGGAUACGAAAACACGAGCAAAUCAAAGCCGGACGUGCUCAUCACUGCUAAAUCCAUUUCCGGCGGCCUGUACCCGUGCUCUGUCGUGUGCAGCUCCAGUGAGAUCAUGGACUCCAUUGCUCCCAACUCCCACGGAGCCACUUAUAGCGGCUCGCCCAUCGCGUGUGCUGCCACACUGGCGGCCCUCAAAGUGUACGAAGAGGAGAAUCUUGGUGCCAACGUGGCCGAGCAGGGCCCCCACAUGCUCGCCGAGCUCGCAAGACUCAGCUGCAUGUACGACCUCAUCGAGCAGGUGCGAGGUGUUGGUCUGAUUGCGGGUGUCGACAUCAACGUCGAGCUACUAGCGCAGAACAGCAUGUCCGUCUGGCACGUGUGUAUGUUCAUGCGCGCAAUGGGCAUUGCCUGCAAACAGGUUCACGACAGAACGGUCAGGUUUUGUCCCCCUCUCACGGUGACAAGAGACCAAAUCGACGCAAUGAUCUCGUCGUUUGAGCAAUGCUGCCAGACGCUGCUGAAGCUACAGCCCCAGGAUAUCCCAGGAGUCAGCGACUUUCAUUUUCUAGGACACUAG